AUGACCGCUCCAGCGCAGUUGCAGUUUGGUUUAGAUGCUGAGAAUUCUCGUCUGUUCCAGUAUAUCCGUGUCGGGGAUCGAAUCCUGUCACCUCAGCUUCAGCAUCCGUCCGACACAGCUGAGGUAAGAGUGGUUGAGUCUUCGUGCCUGCUUCUUGUACACCGUCGAGGUCUCCGCUCCACACUGCAGCGUCGGCAGGAUGACCGUUUUGUACAUCUGCAGUUUGGCGCUGAAGCGGAGGCCGUGCCGAUCCCUAACUGUGUUUUGCAGACGGCCGAAUGCUUGACUGGCUUUGGAAAUCUGGCGGGCGACUUUAUCGUCGAUUUUAUUGCUGGGGGAUCGCUUUUGUCACCGGCACGUUCCGCUGGUCUCGCCUCCGGACGGGGCCAUUGUCCAGGAGGUGCGAAUGUCGCGACCGAUGGUGCAUCCAGGCGGCCCUCCCCCGCGCUGGAAGGCGGAAGUAGGUGUUAGUCCGGAUGAGGUGAUACCCUGCGCAGAUUCGUAAGGGGGGGGGGGGGCAGGUCAUUGUCGUUGAAACCGUCGAGAUCAUGGUGACCCAGCGCUCCUCUUCAGGCAGCAUAGUCUAUGCCAACGCGAGCGUUGAAGACACCAAGGACAAGGAACUUGUCUGCCUUCGGCGUAGUCGCCAAGAGGGCGUGCACGUUCUCGUAGAAUUUGUUCCUCGUCGAGUCAAAUCCGGUCAUCAGAGGGCGUAUGCGCUCACGAUGGAGGAGUAG